AUGCCAGACACACAAGCUGAAGAAAGCAUCACCAGGCUGAAGUUGACUCGCCGUGGUCAACGAGCGCACAUGACGAAACUUUUCACCCGAGCUGAGGAAGUCAUCGACAAAUACUCCGAAGAAGCUGACAAAACAACAGCAUACAACUUACUCGUGGCACUCAACAAGCAGCUCUCUGAUAAGUAUCACGCACUCAACGCAACUGAAGAGAAGAUACUCAACCUCACCGACGAGGCAAACUACGAUACAGUGAGUGAAGCGUCAUGCGAUUACCAGUCCGAGAUCUACGAAAGAAAUCAUCGGAUCACCACUUUCAUAGAAAACCAUCGUCCCAACACCGGUAGCAACAAUGGAGCAUCCGGUAUCGAUCAUACACCCCGUGGGAGAUCUAAGAAUACGAUUGCUUUGCCGAAGUUACAACUACAAACAUUUGAUGGUAACUCGCUAGAAUGGGUGAGUUUCUUUGACUUGUUUAAAUCGUCCAUUCACGAAGACACCAGUCUCGACAAUAUUCAAAAGUUCACAUAUCUACGAAGUUUGUUAACUGGCAAGGCAAGUCAUACUAUAUCGGGUUUAGCCCUCACCGAGGCCAACUAUGAACAUGCCGUGGACUUACUGGUCGCUAGAUAUGGACAAAAACAUUUAUUGAUCGACGCCCAUAUGACCGCAUUGUGGCAGUUGCGACAACCGUGCAACGAUAUCAUUAGUUUGAGACAUUUCUACGAUUCUAUUGAGAGUAAUGUUCGAGGCCUUCAAUCAUUGGGUAAGAAUGAAUCCACAUAUGGGGAACUACUCGUACCGAUGAUAAGGGAUAAGUUGCCUGCAAACAUCCGCCAACAAAUAGCUCGGGAUCGUGGGGAUGUUGCGUGGAAUUUACCCGAUUUGCGUAAAGCUAUACUACGAGAGAUAAACGUUCUUCAAGCCGGAUGUUCACUGGAAGAACUAUCUAUAGUGAAUGCGCCGAAUCCACCAGAGAUCACAGCCGCUUUUCACACUCACGUCUCAACGGGCCAAACAUCGAAAUCACAACAAGAGCCACGACAUACACGAAAAGUUUGCCCAUUCUGCAAAGGUGCACAUCACGCCGCUGAAUGUCGAGUCAUCAACGAUACGCGUCAACGCUUGGACAUUAUUCGCAAAAACAGACAAUGUUUUAACUGUUUUGGAAAACACAGGGUAGCUGACUGCAGAUCUCGAUACACUUGUCGAAUUUGCAAAAGAAAACACCACACAAGUCUUCAUUUUGAAGAAUCCGCGUCAACUUCGAGUCCCGCUCCGAGUCAAACAAAGAAAUCACAAACCGCGGAUGCCACCACGGAAGUUAUUACUGUGAAUUUUACCAAAGUGUCGCCACUUCCGGAUAAGAACUAUUUCAAUAAUGACCGUUGUCAAGACCAAUAUCCGGACACUUUAGCAACUAAACCUAAGAAUGCGGGGCCGGUUUUAUUGAAAACUGCCAUAGUUCCUAUUUCUGUGAGGAACGACCAACCCAUUAAUGCUGUCGUAAUGUUCGACGAGGGAGCCAAUGCUACGUUCAUUUCUGCGAAAUUCGCUCGUGAACUUUCUGUCACAGUUACUAAGAAGGAAAAUAUUAACCUUGCGACAUUUUGGUGA